AUGACGACCCCACCCCCACUCUUCUACGAGAAUGUGUCCGUGUUGAAAGGGGAGUUAUCUCUGUACCCGGACAUCAACUUCUCGUCUAACCUGCAGGCUGAGACGGACAACUCAACAAACCAAACAACAGAUGGACGAGAUGAAAGCUUGGUCAAGAUCGAGGUUAUCGUCCAGAGCAUCACACUGGCCUUGGCCAUCAUUGGCAACUCGUGUGUGCUGACGGCCCUGGCCAGGCGAGGUAAGGCGGGGUCAAGGAUGCACCUGUUCAUCUUUCACCUGAGUAUUGCUGAUCUGCUGGUGGCUGUGUUUAAUACCAUGCCCCAGCUGAUAUGGGAUAUCACGGGGCCGUUCUACGGCGGGGAUCUGCUCUGUCGCUUCGUCAUGUUCAUGCAGGUGUACGUAAUGUACCUGUCCACCUACAUGCUCGUCAUGACCGCCAUCGACAGGUACCGCGCCGUCUGCCACCCCCUCUCCGCCUUCAACGCCUCCUCAAGAACCACCCUCUACUCCAUGAUCAUCACCGCCUACGUCCUCUCAGGCAUCUUCAGCCUGCCGCAGAUCAUCAUCUUCAAGUACCAGCAGAACGACAAAGGCGCCUACGACUGUUCGGAUAACUUCAGUCCUAUGUGGACUCUUCACCUGUACGUCAUGAUCUUCACCUUCGCCGUGUAUUUCGUUCCUCUAGGGAUUUUAAUCUUUGCCUACAUCUCCAUCUGCUUCACGAUAUGGAAGAAGUACAAAACCGCGGAGAACGAACGGAAAUUGAUGCUUAUUAGGUCAGAUUCGUCUUUAGCCAAUAAAAACAUUUACAGCCAUCACGUGGCUAACGCGGUCGUCUGCCGGCAGAAGGGGGCCAUAGACAGGCGGCCGAAUAUUAUACGGAGGUCAAGGCCGGCACCGGCAUCGACGACCCCCAGGUCGCACAGCCUGCGGGGGUUUUCCAGGGCGAAGAUGAAGACGGUCAAGCUGACCUUUGUGGUGAUCGUGGCCUAUAUCGUCUGCUGGUCGCCGUUUUUCGUCUCGCAGCUGUGGUGGAUGUUUGAUGCCGCGCAGGAGGAGAAUCCUUUAGUUGUGAUCAUGAUCUUGCUAGCAAGCCUCAACAGCUGCUGCAAUCCCUGGAUUUAUUUAGCUUUUAGCGGCAAUCUCAUCCGGCACUCGUGUCCCCUCAGCCUGAACAGGAACCGGAAAUGCUGCUGCUGCUGCGACUUUUGUCACUUCCGGCGACGUCACUGCUACAGGCGCCGCAGUAGCAGCAACAACAACCACGACGACACCCACAGCCCGCUGUCGCCAUCGGACGAGAGGAUGUUGAACAACAGGGAGAGGUGUGGAGCUGACCUGGAGCUAAGGGAGCUGAUAGCUGACAGUAUUAACCGGAAACGGCAGGGCUACAACCACUCCCUGCCUGACACGGCCGGAUAUGACGCGCCAUCCAAGACCCGCAGCACCAAAACUGGGACGCCUGUAACUAGCACGCAGCUCUGGAGGAAGGACCACUGCCUGUUUAAAAAGGCCGUCAUCCAAAAUGGCAGGAACGCGCGGGAUCUCGAGUGGACCCACCCACUUCCGGAAAACGUCGUUUAGCGCGAGAAAUGGCGCACUUUGUCGGCUGCUUCAUGACUAU